CAAGCAGGAAUUCUGGUAGAGACGUGACAGUGAGCAUGCGGUUAGCUGUGGAGGUAUAUGGAUGAAGAGUAAAAGGAGUAAACCUUGCAUUCAUUGGAGCAUGUUGAUAUGGAAAGGACCCAGUAUGCAAAAAGUCUCUGUUAGUAAUCUUUCAAAAUUGACGCAAAAAGGGAGAACCCAACCCAAGAGCGGUAACAAAGGCGCUUUGGUUUGAACAAAUACAUCUGUAAAGUAGGGGGAUAACUGGUCCUUCAGUAUGAGUCGAGGUGGAUGGAGAAAGAAAGCCGAUGAUGAUGGAUGGGGAGGAAUGGGUGGUUACAUGGCUGCAAAAAUAUCUAAGCUUGAGGAGCAGUUUCAAAAGGACACCCCGAGAGAGAAGCAGAAAGAUGAAACAUCGUCCUGUAUCUUCAGCGGCGUGGCCAUCUACGUCACCGGAUACACAAAUCCCAGUGCAGAUGAGCUGCGCAGGCUUAUGAUGCUGCACGGCGGGCAGUUCCAUCUCUAUUACUCACGCUCCAAAACCACACAUAUCAUCACCACCAACUUGCCCAACAGCAAAAUACAGGAACUCAGAGGAGAGAAAGUAGUGCGACCAGAGUGGAUUACAGACAGUAUAAAGGCAGGCCACCAGCUUUCUUAUGUGCAGUAUCAGCUGUAUGCAAAGCAGAAAGGCCUGAGCUUUACCACUCUGUGUAAAAGAGAAGGACAGGAUCCAUCGUUCAACAGUGUCCCACCCAAACACAGUCCAAGUCACCCCCAAUCAGACAGCAUCCAGCCUCAGCCCAGCCACACUGAAACCCACACUAAAGAAGUCCUCAAAUCCACUCACAGUAACCACCCUAAUAACGUACUUGAGCAAACCAAACAACUGCUGGAUGUCAGACUAAAUGGCUUGUAUAGAGUUAUCUCUGAGGAAGCCGCAGGGAGCGCUGGAGUUAUUAGGAUUCAUGAUGGAGAUGAUGAUGACAAUACGUAUGCUCUUUUGCCAAAAAGCUUGAAAGACCCUUUGUUAGCCAAUGGUUAUGUACACCCUGUAAAUGGUGCCUUAAAGCCUCAGGUCUUGGUUCCUUUGGCAGAACAUCCUUCUCCAGUUGUUGACACAGGGUCUCAUCAGUCUAACCUCUCACAGGCAGGAUACAGAGACACAGAUCAGCCGAACUGCUGCUCUGCUGGUUCAAAAGCAGAUCAGAGGCCCAUGAUCUCCACGGCCAGUCCUACAAAGAAGCCUGUUACUCACAAUAUGCAAAAGGGACUUCAACCAUUCAAUCCAGGAACUUCUGCUGUGCGCGAGAAGGCUAAUCGUCUGCUGGAUCAGACUGGUAGAGGUCGAGUAAAUGGGAGUUACCAUAUUAACCCUAACUCCAACCUUGCAGACUCUAGUAACCAAUCAGCAGAGGCUGGAAUAAUAUCCGAGUUCUUUUCCCAUUCGAGGCUGCAUCAUAUCGCCACGUGGCGGAAUGAAUUCACGGAGUAUGUGAAUACCCUUCAACGAGCAGCAGGGGGAGAUGUUUUCUCUGGAAAAGAGAAACUAAAGAAGCUCAGAAAUAAUUGCAGUGCAGGUUCCUCAAUGCCAGCUCCUCGGGUGCGUCAGUCUUGUAUUCUACAUGUGGAUAUGGACUGCUUUUUUGUGUCAGUGGGAAUCAGACACCGACCAGAUCUCACAGGGAAACCGGUUGCGGUAACAAGUAACCGUGGUCCAGGCCGUGUUGCACAGCGACCUGGCACCAAUCCUCAACUUGAGUUUCAGUACUAUCAGAGGAAACAGAAUCAGUACAGAAUUGAGAAGACAGAUGGUGAUCUUGAAAUGACCCCAUCUCCACAGUGUGAGGAGGCUCAAAAUAAUGGAGUGGAUCAGGACCAGACUGCUCUGUCUAUGGCAGAGAUUGCCUCCUGCAGUUAUGAAGCUAGGCAUGCUGGUGUGCGAAAUGGCAUGUUUUUUGGCCAGGCUAAGCAGCUUUGUCCUGAUUUACAGUCAGUGCCAUAUGACUUUCAUGCAUAUAAAGAGGUGGCACUGGCCAUGUAUGAGACUGUGGCCAGUUACACUCAUAACAUCGAGGCACUGAGUUGUGACGAGGCAUUGGUGGAUGCCACUGCUCUUUUGGCUGAGCUGGGGGUCACUCCUGAUGACCUGGCAAGGACCAUCCGGGCAGAUGUGAAGGAGAAAACAGGUUGCUCUGCCUCAGUUGGAAUGGGUUCCAACAUUGUUCUAGCCCGAAUGGCAACCCGGAAGGCCAAGCCAAACGGGCAGUACUUCCUCAGAUCAGAGGAGGUGGAUGAUUUCAUUAGGGAUCAACCUGUCUCCAGUUUGCCUGGUGUGGGUCGCUCAAUGAGCUCCAAGCUGGCCUCCCUGGGAGUAAGCACUUGUGGACACUUGCAGCAGUUGUCCAUGUCUCGACUGCAGAAGGAGUUUGGGUCACGGACAGGUCAGACACUCUUCCGCUUUUGUAGGGGGCUGGAUGACAGGCCUGUGCGCAGUAAGAAGGAGAGGAAGUCUGUGUCUGCUGAGAUGAAUUACAACAUUCGUUUCACACAGGUUGAAGAGGCGGAGUCUUUUCUUACUAACCUAUCUAAGGAGGUGCAGAGGAGGUUGGAGGGGGCGGGGCUAAAGGGCCGCCGGAUUACACUGAAGGUCAUGAUGCGGAAAGCUGGGGCUCCUGCAGAGCCAGCAAAAUAUGGUGGUCAUGGUAUCUGUGACAACCUGGCCAGGUCUGCUUUGCUAGCUCAGGCCACAGACAGUGGUCAGGUGAUUGCAGCAGAGGCCAUUAAGCUUUUCCAUGCCAUGAAGCUGGAUGUGAAGGACAUGAGAGGGGUGGGGCUUCAGGUACAGCAGCUGGAUGGAACAUACGCAGAUCCAUCAGGACAAGGGCCCUCUCAUGGCCGCUCCAUCAAAGACCUGCUGAUGGCCAAAAAGCCACCCAACAGUAACAGCAAAGACCAUCUAGCACAAGAUGUCUUAACCAGCACUUCAUCAUCUAUAACUUUGUCCUCCAAUCAGGAGAGAGUUUCCUCUCCCUCAUUACCACCCUUCACCAUGUCCAAUACAAUACCUGGGACAAGUAAAGGAGUACUUCCUGAUCCACACACACUCAACCAUGUCAGGACAUGCCUAAACCUCAGCAUUGAGGUGCCAUCUCCCUCUCAGGUGGAUCAUUCUGUGUUAGAAGCUUUACCUGUAGAGCUUAGGAAACAGGUGGAGCAAUCUUGGACCCACAGAGAGGAGCAUCCCAGCACCUCAUCUCAUCUCUCAACCCCACCCCGAACCUCCUCCUUUUCACCUCCAGGCCUACCACCUGGCACUAUUGUACUGCAGUUUCCAAACCAGCCCGGACAACCAUGUGCAACUGGCAUUGUUCUGGAGCUCCCAGACAUCUCCCAGGUUGAUCCAGAUGUGUUUGCAGCGCUUCCCAAAGAGCUACAGGAAGAGCUAUGUUCAGCUUACAGACAUAAGGGAAAUGCUGAAGUUCAUGGUCUUUUAGGGGACCAAAAAAAAACAUUUCCUCAACUAAAGCAGCCUGCAGUGGGGAAAAUAAAACGGCGCUACAAGAGAAAUGCUAGUCCUGCCAAAAAGGGCUCCAGUCCGCUAAAAAAACGAUCUCCUGGAAACAGCCCUGCCAAGUCUGGCCCAUCCAAAAUUCUCUCUCUUCCAUUCAAAACAGAAAAUGUACGGUGCCUAUCCUCUCGGAGCACAGAAAUCCCAGAGACAAUUUCCAAAUUGAAUCCCCGUCCAGUUCCGACCCUAGCUGGAGCUUUUGAAUUCAGUGACCUCAGAACUCUACUUCAUGAAUGGGUCACCACCAUCUCAGAUCCAAUGGAAGAGGACAUUCUACAGGUGGUGAAGUACUGCACAGAACUUGUGGAAGAUAAAGACUUGGAGAAACUCUACCUUGUCAUCAAAUAUAUGAAGAGACUUAUGCAGCAGGCCACGGAGUCUGUAUGGAGCAUGGCCUUUGACUUCAUCCUUGACAAUGUGCAGGUAGUGGUACAGCAAACCUAUGGCAGCACGCUGAAGAUCACAUAGGACGUCUGUCCAAACCUCUAUCGCUGCAACAUUAACCUAGUCCUGCCACCUCAUCCUGGUGUGUGUGUGUGAGUGUGUGUGUGUGUGAGUGUGUGUGUGUGUGAGUGAGUGAGUGAGCGAGUGAGUGAGUGAGAGAGAGAGAGAGUGAGUGAGCGAGGGCGAGAACAAAACAGCUUGACUCUGUCAAUCAUUGUAGCAUUGCUGCUUGUCCUCCUGUGAAGUCACUGAUUCACACUUCUCAGAGAACACAGAAGACAUCUGAGGACUAAAAGAUCAAGACAAUGAGUCUGUAUGAUUAGGAACAGAUGAGAAUACCAGCUUUGUUUAGAAGCAACUGAACUCUGAAUAUAUCUUUCAUCAUGAUGUCACGUUCUAGACUAAUGUCUAGAAGAGCUUUUUCGAAUGUCCCAAACCAAGAUUUUUAAAGAGAUCUUCCAUGUCUUUUCAAAAUUACUUCCUCUUGUACACCAGAACCUGUGUUUAUCUUUAAAGUCUGGCCUCAGAAAUGUUUAACAGACUUUGCAGCAUAGCAGAAUGGAGUGGCAUUUUAUUUGCCCUUUAUAGGUCAGUUUGAGAUGUUGAAAGUAAAAUGAGGGAAAACAGAACAUCUUUUAUUUAAGUCCUAUGACAGAUUUUACCAUUUGGAUACUAACAUUUAUGUAAAAGCUAACAUUUUUAUUAAUUGACAUGUUUUUCUAGAUUUAAAAAAUUAUAUUACUCAUUGAUUGUUUCUUUAAGUAUGACUGUAUCUGUGAAAGAGGUGAAUUUUUUUAAAUAUUUAUUAAGAAAAAUAUCAAAACAUUGGCCUGUUUAAUUUUACUACAUUACAGAGAGGAAGCAUAUUUGGUAAAAAUCUGUUGUGACAGAAUGACCCGUGCCUGAAGACCUGAAGC